GGUGAAAGCAAAGCAAAGCAAAAACAAAAGACAAAGAAAAGCCAAAGCCAAACCAAAGCUAAAGGCUUUCCUCACAAUCAUAACCAGCAAUAGCAUCAAGAAAAGGAUCAAAUCAUCAUUCAAUUCAACCUCUCUCUCUCUCUCUGCUUUCCUUUUUUAGGCUCUAAAAAAUCUAGAGAGAGAAUUGUUUGAAUGAGAAUGGUUGGUUGGUUAUGGGAACUAUUCUUCUCCAUGAUUCCAUCCCAUGUGCUAUUUACUCUCCCUUCUCUUCAAUCCCCAUACCUCCCUCUCCUCCAUCCAUAAUUAAAAAUCUAUUCUUUUUUUUAAUUACAAAACCAUUAAUAAGCUAAAGAAGCCAUUUUUCACUUUAUUUUCUCUCUCUUCCCCCAUUCCUUAAUCCCAUAUUACUCUCUACUUUUUAGGGUUUUGAAAUUGCAAACCCAAAGCUAAAGCUGGUCACCUUCUCAGAUUACACACAUACCCAUAUUCUCAUAAGAAUACUUACAAUAAGGAAUCCAAUUCAUUUUCACCUUUUCUUUUUCACAGUGGAGAGAGAGAGAGAGAGAGAGAGAGAGAGAGAGAGAGAGAGAGAGAGAGAGAGAGAAAUAGGGUCUUUCUUUCUUUCUGAUCCGUUUUCUUGGUCUUUGCUCGGUUUUCGAGGCUGCUUUCGUAUAUUUUUAGAGAGAGAGUGAGAAAAGGCGAAAUGGGUUUUCGUGGAAAUAGACAGAUACAUAGAUAGAGAGUCUGUGGGUUGGUUGUGGAAUGUGGAAGAAGUUUUAGAGUGAGAGAUGUUGGCGAUGGAGAAGGAUUUUGAUGCUAAGUUGAGGAUUCAGGGGAAUUCUUCUAAUGGAGGUGGUGCUGGUAGUGUUGGUGGCAGUGUUCAGAGAUCCAAAAGUUUUGCAUUCAGGGCUCCCCAGGAGAAUUUCAGCAUUCAGGACUUUGAAUUGGGAAAGAUCUAUGGCGUUGGUUCCUACUCCAAGGUUGUGCGGGCCAAGAAGAAGGACACGGGAAUUGUUUAUGCAUUGAAGAUAAUGGAUAAAAAAUUCAUCACAAAAGAAAAUAAAACCGCUUAUGUAAAGUUGGAACGUAUUGUUCUUGAUCAAUUGGAUCAUCCUGGCAUCGUACGGCUAUUUUUUACUUUUCAAGAUACCUUUUCACUAUACAUGGCACUUGAAUCUUGUGAAGGUGGAGAGCUUUUUGAUCAAAUAACCAGGAAAGUUCGUUUGUCUGAAGAUGAAGCCCGAUUUUAUGCAGCAGAAGUUGUAGAUGCACUUGAAUACAUACAUGGAAUGGGGCUGAUUCAUCGAGAUAUAAAGCCUGAGAAUUUGCUACUUACAAUGGAUGGUCAUAUCAAAAUUGCUGAUUUUGGGAGUGUAAAGCCUAUGCAAGAUAGCCUAAUUACAGUCCUUCCUAACGCGUCAUCAGAUGAUAAGGCCUGCACAUUUGUGGGGACAGCUGCAUACGUCCCUCCCGAAGUCUUGAAUUCUUCUCCUGCAACUUUUGGUAAUGACCUCUGGGCACUUGGAUGCACCUUGUACCAAAUGCUUUCAGGAACUUCUCCUUUCAAAGAUGCCAGUGAAUGGCUUAUUUUUCAAAGAAUUAUAGCCCGGGAUAUAAGGUUUCCAGAUAUUUUCUCUGAGGAAGCUAAAGACCUCAUUGACCGAUUGCUGGAUUUAGAUCCUAGCAGGAGACCAGGUGCUGGACCUGGUGGUUAUGCAACACUCAAGAGGCAUCCAUUCUUUAAAGGAAUCGACUGGAAAAAUAUAAGACAGCAAAUCCCUCCAAAAAUUGCUUUAGAGGCUCAAUCUGGUGAGAGUGAUGAUUGCCAUGAUUCUUCAUGGAACCCUUCACACAUUGGUGAUUGCGGAGCAAGACAAAUUGAGGGAAAUGCUGGUGCCACGUCGUCCUCUGAGGGAUCCAGUCACAUUACUAGACUUGCUUCCAUUGAUUCAUUUGAUUCGAAAUGGCAGCAAUUCCUUGAACCUGGUGAAUCUGUUAUUAUGAUAUCAAUGGUAAAGAAAAUGCAGAAACUAUCAAGCAAGAAGGUGCAGCUUAUCCUUACCAACAAGCCAAAGUUGAUUUAUGUUGAUCCCUCAAAACUCAUAGUGAAGGGAAAUAUUAUAUGGUCUGAUAACCCCAAUGACCUCAACAUCCAAGUAUUAAGCCCUUCCAAUUUCAAGAUUUGUACGCCCAAGAAGGUGUUAUCAUUUGAGGAUGCUAAACAAAGAGCGUGGCAAUGGAAGAAAGCAAUCGAGGGACUACAAAACCGGUGAAAUCUGAUCCUGCUUUUGACAAUCUCAUUCUUUGCAUAAAUUAUUAUAUUGUAGAGGAACGUGGGGAAUUCUUUUCAAGACAGUUGAUUACCCCAAACCAUUAUUUAUUAAAAUUAAAUAUUGGAAACUGCAAGAGAAAGCUUCUCUCUAGGUGCAUACUAGGUACUGCAGAGUGCACAGCAAUUUCUUUAACUAUCUAUUCCCUUUCAGGGGCUUCUUCUAUAUGACAAUUUUGUAGAAUUUCAUAGGUCUUCUGUGAGAAAAGGGGGUGGAUGGGCUUUGUUUUAUUUUUAUUUUUCUUUACUUGUUUUAAAUUAUUGGCCCCUAUGAAAGUUUUGUUCAACAUUGAACAUUCCAAAAAAAUAUACAUACACGUAUGGCAGUCUUGGCAGAUUUACAUUGGGACUCUUCUUAUGUGGAUGAUUGAUUGUACAGUUUGCAAUUAUGGAAGUUGCUAAAAAUCAUUUAUAUA